CCCACCUCAUCUCUCCGAGGCCCCGCCCCCCGCCUGGCGUCCCCCCGCCCCCGCUCUCUGAGCUCGCCGCUCUGCGUUCUCCUCUGCGUCUCCCGCCCUCGCGUCCAGCUGUGGCCCUCGCAGGGCGCGCUCGCUGGCCCUCACCUGACAGGUCCCUGGCCUCCUCAGGACGACAGCCAGCCCCAACACGGCCCCUACAUGAGGGACAAAGCGACACAGACCCCCAGGGCCUGGGCAGAUGAGAGGAGGAGGGGCUCUCACAAACGCUCUGCCUCCUGUGGGAGCACCGACCAGCUCAAGGAGAUCGCCAAACUGCGUCAGCAGCUCCAGCGCAGCAAACGCAGCAGCCGCCAUCGGAGGGAAAAAGACCGCAAGUCCCCGUUCAAUGGCAGCCACACCCUCAUCCAGUCGCAGUCACCGAUGCCCAAGACCAUCCUGAUUCCCAUCCCGAUAUCCAAGUCGUCUGCGCCUCGUUUCCGCAACAGCGUGGAGGGUCUGAACCAGGAGAUCGAACGCAUCAUCAUCCGGGACACCCCCGAGAAGGAGGAGACCAUCGUCCCACAGGACGUCCCAGAUGGGCACCGCGCCCCCCCACCCGUCCCCCCGCAGCAGCGCAGCAGCAGCACGCGCAGCAUCGACACCCAGACGCCGUCGGGGGGCGGCCUGAGCGGUAACCACAGCAACAGCAGCAGCCGUCCCGACUCCAUCUCGCCCUCCUACCUCACCGUCCUCAACGACACGAGCGGAGGCAGCCCCUACGAGGACAAAGAGCUGGGCCCCUACUCGCCGCUGCCCAAGUACGCCGCCUCCCCCAGACCCAACAACAGCUACAUGUUCAAGAGGGAACCUCCCGAGGGCUGCGAGAAGGUCAAGGUGUCCGAGGAGUCCACGCCCAAACCUCAGCAGGAGAUCCCGGCCUUCCUGUGCCCCGACCGCAACAAGGUCAACUUCAUCCCCAACAGCGGCUCCGCCUUCUGCCUCGUCAGCAUCCUCAAGCCCUUGCGCCCCGCCCCAGACCUGGGCUUUCGCCCCGGGGUGGGCCUGCGGAGCCUGUCCCCGGCCCUCGUGCCUCUGUCCACGCAGCCCUGCCUCCUGGAGGAGCCGGAGAGCUUCUGACCGAGUCGCCACAACCUUCCCCGGGGAAAACAACAGCAACAACAGCAACAACAGCAACAACAGCAACAACGACGACCACCUUCACUGGAAUCAGAAACAUUUGAACGUAGGAAACAGCCCUUCUGCCUUCAGCAUGCCAGCUCAGCUCUCCGAUGUCCUCACCGUGUUGACAAAGUGCUUCCCACUGCCUCUCCUCCUCAGACAGCGUGAGAGACGACAUUUCACCGCUUCUUCCGCCCGUAGUGCUGGUUGAGUUCCGUUUUCUUUGGGAGGAAAUAAGUUGUUCAAGGGACAGACUCUUUUAUUUCAUCGUAUUAUACCAUGGCGCCUUUCCACGGACAUAUCUCUUUUUCUAUCUGGAGUUAUUUCUCUUGAUAUAAAAUAUGCCUUCCGUUAACGGGAAGGGGGAAAUAAAAAAAUAGGCUGCUGGUUUCCUCGGCGACCAAGAGAUUCACCACAGAGGCUAAUUUUGGUGCUGCCUGAUCUAUCGUAGCAAAACCUGAAGCGUCGCGACAAGGAGAAGUUUAAAAAACUAGAAGAGAAAACGUGCCUGAUUUUUUCCCGACCGCUCAGUUUCCCUCCACCAGCUCAGUGCUGCGGUCACGUUCCAUUCUGAUGAUCGUUGCACUUGGAUGGUCGUAGAUACACACAUGUGACCAUGUGCUCGUGUGUAUCUGUGGGAAACAGGUCAGGGCUCUGAUGUGUGCAGCGUGUUCCACCUGUGUCCCCCCCCCCACCACAUUCUGUUCCUCCUUCUCCCUCUCUCCUCUCUUCUUUUCCCUCAACGUCACUGUAAAGCUGAUUUCCUUCUGUCCUGCUCAAACUGUGUUGUUGUGAAUCGUGUACAGAAAGCCCCCCCCCACCCCCGCCUGGCAGGACAGGCCUCCUCUGGCUCUGCAGGGCCCUGAGCAUGGAGAGGUCGUUGACCCCAGACGUGACGCUGCAGACGUACAGUACGACACAAACCGGCCCGCUGAGGUUUUCCAAACCUGCAAAAAAAAUUGGACUUGCGUUUUCUCAAACGUCCAGAAACAGUAGCCUGGUGCCAUCAUACCUUUGUGUUCACGCUGCAGCCACGUUGUCCCGGUGCUGCGCCGCCUCUCCAUGUCCCGGCCCGUCCUCGUGUAUAUGUCAUCGCCACUUGACCGUGCCUGCUGCCGCGGUGGGAUAGGAAUGUAACUGGAUCUGUAAAUAGAGAGGCACACUGUGUUUGUAUUAUCAGCUGACAAAGAUAUGUAUCCCAAUGAGUGGAAUUAUUGUACCAUAUAAUACCCCCCUGACCUCUGACCCCCUCCCUACCCCCGUCCCUCUGCUGAGUACUGUGAAACUACUAGGUCUCAUUAUUGUGAAUGAUUAUGUAUUUAUUUAUCAGACCGGAGUGUUCAGAGAAUUUUAAAAUCAAGAAUCGAUCACAUCGUCCAUCUCAGGUUGCAGUGAAGAUGUAGUGAACUUCUCGUUGCACACGAACAAGUCGACGCAGCUGCUGCGCCUGUGGCCUCACGCAGCGCAGAGCCUGGAUGAUGUGAACCUGUAGCAGAGCAGGAGACGGCGACGACUGCGAAGUAACAGCCAGUUGCUAACAUGAAAACUAAAAGGUUCUAAAACUUUGUGUGAAGUGACGAGGAGUCCUUUCAUCCACUUGCUGAAAAACAAUCACACCCGCAGCGACUCGUCCUCAGCCGUCACUUUCAGACACGUUUACAAAAGAUUCAUACAGUCAGUGUGGAAAAUACCGAUUUAUUUUCCAGCUCUUCCUUUUGUUUUCUUCUUCUUCAAAAUGGAUAAACAGCAUUUUGGAGAGAAUAAAAAAAAGGAUCAACACAAGAAAUAACUCAACGAUGGAUUCUUUAGUUUGCUUGUCCAGUUUAUUGGAAACAGAACUGCAGAGUUUUCAUCUGUUCAACUCCUCCAGUCAAAUAAAAAGGCAUAGUUGAAUUAAA